AUGUUCCGAGGUAGGUCCCCCCCCCAGUGUGCACGGAUCACGGAAUUUUCUCGAAGCAAAGAACAACCAUCGAUUCAUCUUUCGCCAAAUCCUCUGAAACGACAAUUGUAUUUUCUCGACCUCUACAAGCCAGCGCUUUAUUCCUGUGAUACCCCGUUUCUUCUUUACCUCGGUCUCGUAAUCCCAAUUCAAAUCGCAGCCAUGUCCGCAAUCAAAUCCAUCCGCAGCAUUGCUCCCCUCCUCGACCGCAUCCUCGUGCAGCGCAUCAAGCCCGAAGCCAAAACCGCAACCGGCAUCUUCCUUCCCGAGACGGCCGUCAAAGAGCUCAACGAAGCAAAAGUGCUAGCUGUCGGCCCCGGCGCCAUUGACAAGGAUGGAAAGCGCGUUGCGCCCAGCGUGCAGCCUGGUGACAAGGUGCUGAUCCCGCAGUAUGGCGGGUCGCCCAUCAAGGUUGGAGACGAGGAGUUGAGUCUGUUCAGGGACCAUGAGUUGCUGGCGAAGAUUAACGAGUAGAUUAAUGGUGGAAGCGCGAGCGUUGAUAUCUGACGACCUGCUUACACCAAAUACCAUACCUCCUACAACACAACACAAAAAUAUCUCACGCGAUACGCUAGCAUAAUAGCAGGCGUUCACAUUUUCAUACAUAUACUCUUUGGCUUGGCAUGUCUUGUUUUAUGGAAAGCGAAAACGUACUUUCAUGAAUAUGUAUUCGAAAAAGGUGGUGGUUUGCGGAAGAGGAAAAGAUGGCCGGAGGAGGAACGAAAUGGCGGAAAGAUAUGAUGGAAUGAAAUGAAGACAUCUCUACUCUAAACUUUCUGUUGGAUCUGUGUCGAUGUAUGUGCAAAGUAUCACUCGAUGGAUGGGAAACGGAAUGAAAGUUCAUUCUUUGCAUUAGUCAUGGUCUUGGGAUAUGGUUCUGUGAUAAAGUGCAUUGUCCUCAGACAAUGUCACAUCUAGAAGAUCUCGAUUCACUCUGCCCAUACUGGGUAGCCAACACAUACCUACCACGCUGAGUUGGGACCUCCGCCCCACUGCCUUCCGCCACCUGGCUGAUGCGACGAGCCCUGAUCGUAAGUAUUAUACGCACCACCCUGACCUUGAUCAUAAGCGCCAUAACUUCCUGGAGGAGGCUGCUGGUGCUGAUUUUGGUGUGCUGGUUGUUGCUGAUAACCACCUGGGGCAGGAUAGUUUUCAUAACCUUGCUGAUAAUUUGUAGGGAUUGUAUAACUCGGCUCCGCUCCCUGGCCACCAGAGUACUGGCCCUGGCCCCAUCCAUAGCCACCAGACGGUACAGCAGAACUGUACUCUGCGGGCGGCUGAUACGCUUCGCCUUGGUGAGAAGACUGAUAAGGCUGGAAGCUACCCCACUGGGAGGGCUGGUGUCCGGGCGACUGGUAUGGUGUAGUUGACGAAGAAGCAUGCUGACCCUCGUCCAUUUCACGAGUUCUGCCUCCACCAACGAAGCUGCUAAAGGCGCCGCCGAGGGGACCAGGAAUCUUGCUAGCCAGAGAACCCAGGAAGUCGUUUGAUCCACCUCCACUGUUAGAAUGUGCAUGUCCGCUGCUACCACCGUGACUGUGACCACCUCCAAAAGCGGAUACACCAGCGGCCCCGUGGCCGUGGCCUGUUGAAUGAUCGUGAGCACCACUCUGGUUGCGGCCUGAUUUGACGGACUCAGAAGAGAGGAGGUCGUUGAGGUCUUUGCCAUGGUAGUUGUGUGCCCACCGCUUCACAACCUCGAACAUGUUGUUAUGCACCUCACAGUUCGGGUCUCGGGUAGCAGGGUGAUGGAAGACGCGCAUGCAAUCAUCCAGGACUUGAUCGACUGAAACGUCUGGGUGGUCCCAAGCAUAGAUUACGCGGGGCGCAACGUAUUGUAGGAUCGCUACGGCAACUUGACCAGCAGGUUGGUUCAGGAUGUUUGCAAAGUGGUCCUUGGACAACAUGCUGUGUGUUGGGUUAGUGGAGUUGGGGUCGGUCCAGACUUCAUAUUGGUGCUUGGCGGCUGAGUCAAUGACGGCUGACGAACCGCUCUUGAGCUGGGCUGACGCAGUCUUGAUGAUUGGUAGAAUGAACGGUGCGAGCAAUGAUAGCACAAAUAGAGUGACCUUCUCCGUGAUGGUCUCAAUUAGCUUCUCGAGACCAGGGAUCUUGGAGAUGAUGGCUGAGAUACUGCGCACGACGUUGUCCCUGAAGACAAGAAUGGGAUAUAUCUUGGGGAUAAUUGUUGCGGGAUCGGUGUUUGUGCCGGGUAUGUCUGGUCCAGGUGGUCCGCCAACGGAUCCUGGUGGUGCGUCAAAUGACUCGGGUCCAGCUCUGGAAGAACUGUAGUCACCGUAGCCCGAGCGGGCAUUCUCUGCAGCUUGUGCAUCCGACGAGGCCUGCAGACUCUGAGCUUGCCUAAUCAAAUCGCCGGUUCCUGGGACUUUGCUCAAAGCAUCUAUGAGACCACUGCAGGCAUCCGACUGACCGUCUGGGCCACCUCGCUUAUUACCACCAGCCACCGCAUCGACAAGAGCAGUGUUGACCUCGUCAAUCUCAGUUUGGGUAAUAUGGUCGUUGGCCUCUCCCAGAACAGAGUGAAAGAAGUCAACACCUCCGAAGGUGCCAGUCAC